AUGAACUCUCCAGCUGAUUCGGUGAUGAAGAAGAAUCCCAAGGAGGAGAUCCACGAUGAUACUUGGGAUCUUGAAGUGAACGAGUCCAAGAAAAAGACCUCUGGCAUUCUGAGUGUCGUGAUCUCCGGAUUGGCUCUUUUCAGCGAUGGCUACAAUGCUCAGAUCAUCGGUUACAUGGAGCCUCUUUUCUCUCAGCUUUACAAAGCCGGCAUGUCCUCCACCAUCAAGGCGCGUUUGUCCAACUCAUACUUGAUCGGAGAAAUCUUCGGUAUGCUCUUCUUUGGAGUCCUAAUUGACCGCAUGGGUCGACGCACCGGUAUUAUUCUGGCCACUCUGAUCCUGGUUCUCGGUGUGGUACUGGCGACUGCCGCUCAUGGCACCACGCAGCUAGGGAUGUUUUGGAUGAUGAUUGUGGCACGUGGUAUAGCCGGAUUUGGUGCAGGAGGAGAAUAUCCUGUCUGUGGAACCAGUGCUACCGAGGCCGCUGAUGAGAACGAAAAACUGCGCAAACGAAGGGGAAUCUUGGUAGCGACUUCGACUGACUUUGCAGUUGAUAUGGGUUUCGUUGUGGCGGGCGUGGUUGCUCUGAUCGUCCUAGCGUGCUAUCACCAGGAGAACUCCGCAGGAGUCUGGCGAGUCUGCUUUGGGCUUGGCCUCGUGUUGCCAAUUGUGAUCUGCUUCUUCCGGGUUCGAAUGGCCAAGUCUACCCAGUAUAAGAAGCAUGCCAUCAAGUCUCGCUAUCCGUAUGUCCUUGUUCUCAAGCGCUAUUGGAAGCCCAUGGUUGGCACUUCCCUGGCCUGGUUCUGCUAUGAUUUUGUCACCUACCCAUUCGGUCUCUUCUCUUCGACAAUCAUCGAACAACUGAUGACCGACAACACGACCACUCAGAACAUCGGAUAUGGUACCGUGAUCAAUUGCUUCUAUAUACCUGGGUGCAUUGUCGGUGGAUUAUUGAUGGACCGCAUCGGCCGAAAGCAGACCAUGACACUAGGAUUCUUCCUCUGGGGUAUCUGGGGAUUCAUUCUGGGUGGUGCUCUUCAUCCCAUCCAAUCGGUAUUUCCCUUGUUCGUCGUGAUGUACGGAAUCUUCAAUGCACUGGGGGAGAUGGGCCCUGGCGUUGCUACCUUCUUGUGCGCCUCUGAGUCCUUCCCAACACCUCUACGUGGCCACUUCCUGGGAUUUGCUGCCGCCUUCGGAAAGGCUGGAGCGUCUAUUGGAACUCAGGUUUUCACCCCUAUCCAGAAUUCUUUUGCUAGCACCGAGAAGGGUCAACAGGCGGUCUUUCUCAUCGGCUCUGCCUUUACCAUUGUGGGUGGUCUGAUUUCCUGGUUCAUGAUCCCUGACAUGUCUCGCGAACUAGAGACAGAGGAUGCUCGCUUCAAGACAUACUUGGAGGAAAAUGGAUAUGAUGUUAGUGAGUAUGGAGAAGCUCUUGUUAUCAACGAGAGGGCUUGA